ACACAGCAUUACACAUUACAUAAUCUGAUGUUACAUGAGCAUCCACAUUCACUCUUGCUAACAAUGCAAGGUUGGGGUGGGGGGGGGGGGGGGGUUGGACUGUCAAGUACAUGUUUUCAUGGCCAACUCCUGACCAGUACAUGUGCCCCCACACACGUACCCACCACUGAGACACAGGGAGUGGGGUUGCAUAAACAGGUGCAGGGCUCAGCCGCUUCACGGUUAAGUAAGCAGGUUCAUCACACUUGUUGCUGACACUGGCGAACGCUGGCGGAUUAAACUGAGUCAGUCUGAGAGUCUUGUCCGUCUGCUUCCAGUCUCUCCGUGCACAUGUUCACCGCUUCCCUUUGAGCCCUGCUGCCCCGAGUUUUUCCUGUUUUUGGAAGGAGCCCCACGGCUUUUGUGAAGCUGCAAUGAGCCAGAAGGUUGUCCUCAUCACUGGCUGCUCCUCUGGCAUUGGCCUGGCGUUGGCAGUCCGCAUAGCCAAGGAUGAGAAGAAGAGGUUCAUGGUGUAUGCCACGAUGAGGAACCUGGCCAGGGGUGAGGCCUUGGUGGAGGCGGCUGGCAAGACUCUGGGCAGGACGCUGGAGAUCAAGCAGCUGGACGUGUGUGACGAGGAGUCCAUCAAGAAGUGUGUGGACAGCCUGCCCAUGCGCAAAGUUGACAUUCUCAUCAGCAAUGCUGGGAUGGGCCUGAUCGGACCAAUAGAGUGCCAGAGCAUAGAGGAGAUGGACAGGGUCAUGGACACCAACUUCUUUGGACUGGUUCGACUCCUCAAAGAAGUUCUGCCAGACAUGAAGAAGAGGAAGAAAGGCCAUAUUGUGGUCAUAAGCAGCGUUAUGGGCAUCCAAGGCAUUCUGUUCAAUGAUGUCUAUGCUGCCUCAAAAUUCGCUUGUGAGGGAUUCUGUGAGAGUCUCGCCGUCCAAGCAAUGAGAUUUAAUCUGAAUAUAUCGCUCAUUGAGCCGGGCCCAGUCAUCACAGAAUUUGAACGCAAGGUCUUCGAGGAAGGGAGCAAUUUAGACCUGUCCAAAGCAGACAAGGUGACAGCUGACAUGUUCACCAACAUCUACCUGAAGAACUAUGCGUCGAUCUUUGAGAGCUUGGGACAGACCCCUGAGGACAUAGCAGAGCACACACUCAAAAUCAUCACCAUGGACAACCCACCUUUCCGCCACCAGACAAACACCAUGUACACUCCCAUGACCACCCUGAAGUACGCCGACCCUGACGGUGACCUGCCCAUCGAUACCUUCUACAAGGCGGUGUUUGAGCACGACAAGGUGUUCAAUGCCAGCCUGAACUUCGUGAAGCUACUGCGCUGGAGGAGUCGCAAGAGCUUCUCUCUAGAGAAAGAGGAGAAUAAAUCAUAAUUGCUCCUUGGGUUACGCUUUUGGACUGGACCAGUGCUUAGUCGGAGGCCACCACCCUCCUCCCAACUUAAAGGACAAUUCCUGCCAAUUUCAACAUGCAGUUGUUUUGUUUAUGCUACACUUGACUUCUCAGUACCUCACAACACAGAUUUUUUUUUGCUCAGCCCUUUCCAAGAUCCUGACCUUUCUCAUGGGAGCAUGGUUUACAUUUUGUAUCAUGGGCAUUUCUCAAAGUCUAGUGUGCGUCCUUCGAAGUGUAUCAGCCUUCGUAAUCAUGCCCAGUGACUGGAUACUCUUUGGUGAACUCUGCGGAGUGACUAAUUAGGGUGCGACUGGGCGUGACUAAUUAGGCUGACACACUGCCAAGGCUCAUACACUUGACAUUGGGAAAUAGUGCAUGUCUUAAAAUACUCCAAAUAUCAUUCCUAAAGGCAUUGCUGUGUAAAGGUGUAACUUUUGAAUUGGGGGUAAUGACAAUUCAUGGGUAACAUGAGCAAUACUGUGUGUUCUCCUUUAAAGCAACAUGUAAUCUUCCACAAGACCAUUGAGGACACAGAGGUCAUGUCCUCUGUAUUUUUUUCCGUAAUGUAAAAUGUAUCUGUGAUGAAAAUCGAUAUAUGAUCAACAAAGAUAAAUUCUGUCUGUAUACACCACCCCCAUUUAUCCUCAAGGCAGUGAUUAAUGGAAACAAACUUAAGAGUUUGACUGAAGAGUUUGAAGCAUUCUAAAUGUACAGUAUGCAUGUACAGCACACAGUAUUUGACCUCGGUAUUUGAAAAUGUUUACGGCCCUGCUUGCUCAUGCUACUUUUACACAUCCAUUUACAGUAUAUCCACAGGAAGCUCUAUUUCAGAGGAUCUCCUUUCCAUUUGCUGAUGAAUAAUUUUCUAGAGAAGAAUGUAACUUUUUUCAGGUACUGUUUCACAUCUUGUGUUUCUCAACCAAAGAGGAAAUGAAAUGCGUAUGAAUGCAAAAGUAAACCACAGAGUACGAGGUGGUCAUGGACAGAAUCACCACCACCUACGUGAAAGUACUUUUCCUUCCUCCGAGAUCUUCUUUGAGUUAUUGUCUCAUGUCUGUUUUACCUCCGGUGUUCCUUCACUCCCCAAAAAUGUUUUAAAAAAUACAAACAAAUUAUUUGCUUUAACUUUUUUCGAGACAUAAUGUUGCAGUCCAUUGUAUUGUAUUCAGUAAAGAUUCUACACCAACCCGGGGUAAUGAAUGGUUAAGAUUUCAUGAGGGUCAACAAAGGUCUUGAUAGCAUUAGGAUAAUAAACAGCAGGGGGAGAAGCUUAUAACGUACACCUUCACGGCCAAGGCCUCUCUUCUCAGACGAAGGAUGAGUGUAAACCGAGCCCUUGUGUAAGGGUAUUAUCUUCAGCUUUAUAGUCUAAGACAGAGGUUCCCAAACUUAACCAUGGCAAGGCCCCCAAGUUACCAGUAGAUUCCAGCCAAGCCCCCUAACACCCCCUCACGGUCCUCCAGGGAUACC